AUGGGAGCACCGUGGCUCGACUGCCAGGGAACCAACCCUUGUCCCUCACCCUCUGCAGCCUCCUCUCCUGAGGGGCUUCAGGCUGGGGGCCAUGCAGAAAGCGGGGGCAAGGGGCCGGAGGGCCUCCGACUGCGGCCCUGCCCCUCACCGGCCCAGUAUGUGGGCUCCUUCUCCGUGGAUGACCUGGACACCCAGGAGAGUGUGUGGCUGGUGCAACAGCAGCUGUGGGCACUGAAGGACUGUCCCCGACGCCGGGCCGUCAUCCUGAAAUUCAGCCUUCAGGGCCUCAAGAUCUACAGCGGGGAGGGUGAGGUGCUCCUGAUGGCGCAUGCCCUGAGGCGCAUACUCUACUCCACCUGGUGCCCCGCCGACUGCCAGUUUGCCUUUGUGGCCCGAAACCCCCAGAGCCCUGCCAGCAAGCUCUUCUGUCACCUUUUUGUGGGCAGCCAGCCUGGAGAGGUCCAGAUCCUGCACCUGCUGCUCUGCCGCUCCUUCCAGCUUGCUUACCUCUUGCAGCACCCUGCGGAGCGGGCACAGUCUGACCCCUGUCUGGGGCCCACAGGGGACGUGCCCCUGAAGUCACUGUCCGGUUCUGGGGCGCGCCCUGGUCCAGCACAGGAGCCCUUCGGCCGUGAUCAGCUCUCAGAGAACGUUCACGCACUGGUCUCCUUCCGGCGGCUGCCAGCAGAGGGGCCCGUGGGCAGCGGGAAGGAGCUACCAUUGUUGGAAGGCCGUGGGGGUGCCCGCCAUGUCCGCCUUGGAAAUCCCUACUGCUCCCCGACUCUGGUGCGCAAGAAGGCGAUCCGCAGCAAAGUGAUCCGCUCCGGGGCCUACCGGGGCUGCACCUACGAGACCCAGCUGCAGCUGUCGGCCUGCGAGGCCUUUCCUGCUGCGUGGGAGAAGUGGCCCCAGGGUCCUGGUGGCUCCGCGUGCCUGGUGGAGAGCGACGGCAGCCUGACGGAGAACAUCUGGGCCUUUGCUGGCAUCUCCAGGCCCAGUGCCCUCGCCCUGCUGCGGAGAGACGUGCUUGGGGCCUUCCUGCUGUGGCCGGAGCCCGGUGCCAGUGGCCAGUGGUGCCUGUCAGUGCGGACGCUGUGCGGCAUCGUGCCCUACCAAGUCUUCCGGAACCACCUGGGCCGCUACAGCGUGGAGCACCUGCCAGCUGAGUUCCCCAGCCUGGAGGCCCUGGUGGAGCAUCACGCCGGGACUGAGCGCAGCCUCUUCUGCUCCCUCGACAUGGGCCGCCUGAACCCCGGCUAUGAGGAGCAAGACUGCAGGCCCGAGGGCAGGCCUUCUCGGACGCUCCGGCCCCUUAGCCACGCCAAGUCUGAGGCCGAACUGCAGGGCCUGGGCUAG